CAAUUAUGGUCACUACCAACCAGUCCACAACCAAAUCAAUAUCACUCCGCCAUUCUCCCAUCUCUCUGGUAGUGGCGCACCAAUCCAUAAACACUUUGCCCCCAAUCACCAUUGAAGUGGUGUUUAGACACAUUUCACCACUUUAUUCAGUUUAUUCAAAUAAUAAUACACUAUUUUGUCUCCUUUCAGCACUGUUUUUCAACUAUCCAAUUAUCCAGCUUUACUUGAGCUCACACCCAAAGAAGAUAACUUGCUUCUUCCCUACAGUGAGGAAUGAAAUAAAGCUAAAGCUAUGAAGAUGGUUUGUAAAGAUUGUUGUUUUAUGGAGAGACCAGUUAGGGUUCUUGGGUUCUUGUUUUUGUUACUGCAAAUCGAAGGGUCUUCAUCAGCUUCCAAUUAUUUGAUUGGCCUUGGAAGCUAUGACAUAACUGGACCUGCUGCUGAUGUUAAUAUGAUGGGUUAUGCAAAUAUGGAACAAAUUGCUUCCGGUAUUCACUUUAGAUUACGUGCUCGGACCUUUAUCGUUGCCGAACCGAAAGGGAAUCGUGUUGUAUUUGUGAAUCUUGAUGCUUGUAUGGCUUCACAGAUUGUUACAAUCAAAGUACUUGAGAGAUUAAAAGCAAGGUACGGCGAGGUUUAUACAGAGAAGAAUGUUGCCAUUAGUGGCAUUCAUACUCAUGCUGGUCCUGGUGGAUAUCUUCAAUACGUUGUGUAUAUUGUAACGUCUCUCGGAUUUGUAAGACAAUCGUUUGAUGUUAUCGUUGAUGGUAUUGAGAAAAGUAUUAUACAAGCUCAUGAAAAUCUCCGCCCUGGUUCGAUUUUGAUAAAUAAAGGGGAACUCUUGGAUGCCGGUAUAAAUCGUAGUCCGAGCGCUUAUUUGAAUAAUCCGGCUAAUGAACGGAGUAAAUAUAAGUAUAAUGUGGAUAAAGGUAUGACAUUGAUUAAGUUUGUUGAUGAAGAAUGGGGCCCUAUAGGUAGUUUUAACUGGUUUGCUACCCAUGGAACUUCUAUGAGCCGUACGAAUUCAUUGAUUAGCGGUGAUAAUAAAGGUGCUGCUGCCCGAUUUAUGGAAGAUUGGUUCAAACAGACUAGUUUUACGGCAGAUUAUGAUAGCCUGUCUUUCAACAGCUCUGUAAGUGGUAGAAUCCCUCGAAGAGUUUCGAGCAUCAUCCCUAAUUUUCAUGAAAAACGUAAGGAGCUGAUGGAACUUGCCGCUUCAUUUAAAUCUUCUCAAGGACGACCCGUUACUAGACUUUUGAGUGUUGCAAGAAGGGUCCGGAAUUCCUUAAGGCAGGCAGAUAAACCUCAGUUUGUAUCAGCAUUCUGUCAAACAAAUUGCGGUGAUGUCAGCCCGAACACACUCGGUGCAUUUUGCAUUGACACUGGUCUGCCGUGUGAUUUCAAUCAUAGUACCUGCAAUGGGAAGAAUGAACUGUGUUACGGCAGGGGCCCGGGCUACCCUGAUGAAUUUAAGAGUACCGAGAUUAUUGGAAAAAAGCAAUUCAAGAAAGCGGUCGAACUUUUUGACAAGGCAACCGAAAAGUUGGAAGGAAAAGUCGGGUAUCAACAUGCCUAUAUAGAUUUCUCGAAUCUUCAGGUUUCAGUUCCUAAAGCGGGAGGAGGUAUUGAGGUGGUCAAAACGUGCCCUGCUGCUAUGGGAUUUGGUUUUGCUGCAGGUACAACUGAUGGUCCCGGAGCUUUCGAUUUCAGACAAGGAGAUGAUCAGGUAAGAGAACUGAAACCCGAUGCUGCGGACUUUAACACGUGUUUUGUAGUGCCAUGUUUGUCUGAUGAUUCUAUUACUAUAUUCUGUUUUCAGGGGAAUGCCUUCUGGAAAUUAGUGAGGAACUUACUAAAGCCGCCGGGUCAGGAACAGAUCGAUUGUCAGAAACCUAAGCCUAUUUUGCUUGAUACCGGUGAAAUGAAACUACCAUAUGACUGGGCGCCUUCGAUACUUCCGGUCCAAAUUGUGCGGAUAGGGCAACUUGUCAUUCUCAGUGUACCAGCAGAAUUCACAACCAUGGCCGGCAGGCGGCUCCGAGAUGCUGUUAAGACGGUGCUUACUUCCGGGCGCAAUAAGCAAUUCGACAGCAAUGUUCAUAUUGUCAUUGCAGGGUUGACAAAUACUUAUUCACAAUAUGUUAGCACUUUUGAGGAGUACCAAGUGCAGAGAUACGAGGGAGCCUCAACUCUGUAUGGACCACACACGCUUAACGCAUACAUACAGGAGUUCAAGAAACUUGCAGCAGCUCUUAUCGGUGGUGGAUCUGUUGAACCAGGUCCGCAACCACCUGAUCUUCUUGAUAAGCAGAUUAGCUUAUUAACACCGGUUGUCCUUGAUGCAACCCCACUUGGUGUGAAUUUCGGUGAUGUUAAAGACGAUAUCGCUAAUUCCACUUUCAAACGGGGCAAUACAGUCUCAGUCACCUUCUGGUCUGCUUGUCCUAGGAACGACCUCAUGACUGAGGGCACAUUCGCAUUGGUCGAACUUCUCCAAGAUCAAAAGACAUGGAUCCCGGCAUUUGACGACGACGAUUUUUGCUUAAAGUUCAAGUGGUCAAGACCUGCAAAACUAAGUCCUCAAAGUUAUGCAACCAUUGACUGGAGGAUACCAGAAUCAGUAGUCACCGGGGUUUAUAGGAUAAGACAUUUCGGUGCUUCGAAAUCACUUUUUGGUUCAAUUCGACAUUUUACGGGUACUUCGAGUGCCUUUGUAGUGGAAUAGUAUAAAUCAUAUGCAUGUAUGAAUAUAAUUAGAAACAGAUUGUGCCGUAUAGAAUAAAUCACACAGUAUUUAUUAUAGCAGAGCCAGAUAUCGAAAUUAUAGAAGAAUAAAUAAAUUGUUUAGUUAUAUUAUUUACAUAAA